AUGGACAUGAAGCCUCUGGUGGUUCUGGGGCUGCCGGCUCCCACUGCGCCCUCAGGCUGUCUUUCCUUCUGGGAGGCCAAGGCACAGCUUGCCCAGAGAUGCAAGGUGCUGGUGAACACGCUGCGGCACAAUGCCGCCACCGCUGUGCCUUUUUUUGGUGGUGGGUCGGUACUGGGCGCUGCUGAGCCAGCCCCUCAUGCCAGCUACAGCGGCAUCGUCUCGGUGGAGACGGACCUGCUACAGUGGUGCCUGGAGUCGGGUAGCAUUCCCAUCCUGUGCCCCAUCGGGGAGACGGCUGCGCGCCGCUCCGUGCUCCUCGACUCGCUGGAGGUGACCGCGGCCCUGGCCAAGGCGCUGCAGCCCACCAAAAUUAUCUUCCUCAAUACUACAGGCGGCAUAUGCGACAGCAGUCACAAGGUCCUGAGUAACGUGAACUUGCCCGCCGACCUGGACCUGGUGACCAAUGCGGAGUGGGUGAGCACCAAAGAACGGCAGCAGAUGCGGCUCAUCGUGGACGUGCUCAGUCGCCUGCCCCACCACUCCUCGGCGGUCAUCACCGCCGCCAGCACGCUGCUCACGGAGCUCUUCAGCAACAAGGGGUCCGGGACCCUGUUCAAGAACGCCGAACGGAUGCUGCGAGUGCGCAGCCUGGACAGCCUGGACCAGGACCGCUUAGUGAACCUGGUCAACGCCAGCUUUGGCAAGAAGCUGCGGGACGACUAUCUGGCCUCGUUACGCCCGCGACUGCACUCUGUCUACGUCUCUGAGGGGUACAACGCGGCCGCCAUUCUGACCACGGAGCCCGUACUGGGGGGCACCCCGUAUCUAGACAAGUUUGUGGUGAGUUCCAGCCGCCAGGGCCAAGGCUCCGGCCAGAUGCUGUGGGAGCGCCUGCGGCGGGACCUGCAGACGCUUUUCUGGCGCUCCCGGGUCACCAACCCCAUCAACCCCUGGUACUUCAAACACAGUGAUGGCAGCUUCUCCAACAAGCAGUGGAUCUUCUUCUGGUUUGGCCUGGCCGACAUCCGGGACUCUUAUGAGCUGGUCAACCAUGCCAAGGGGCUGCCGGACUCCUUCUGCAAGCCGGCUUCUGACCCAGGCAGCUGA